CAAAGAUGAAGCGAGCACCACUUGGCCAGAUUCCGCAGCGCUUCCGGACCGCGCUACCGAGAGUGUGAGCCCUACUUCGCAAAGAAACCCUGGAGUGCUGCGGAAAUCACCCUGGCCCUCAGACUGGAGCGGUGAUGCAGAAGGAAUGUAGAGGGUCCUGACUCCCAGGUUGGAGUCUGGUUCAACCUAAAGCGCAACUCGAGGGGGUCCAGAUGUGACCCAGCUCCAGGGAGGGGGCGGGAAGAGCUUCUCUGGGCCAGCGACUCCCCACUGUGCUCUGACCAGCCUUCGAGGGAACCACCCACCCAGUAGCUGAGAGAGGUCAAGCUCGGACCAGAACCUCAGAGGGACUUGACAACCGAGAUCAGCCAAGGGCUAAGGAAAUUGAAAUUAGCCAGCAAAGAAGUCCAGGAUUCUCUCAAUCCACUAACAGAACAUCAGGCAUCCAUCCAAGAGGUCAUAUGGAGGAUGUUAAACACCAAACAAAGGAGCACUUCUUGAUGUGGAUGUUGGGAAAUUAUAUUAGAAAUUGAAUGUCAUUUAAUGUGACAAGCUCCAGUGGGACUGACAAGCCAGAGGAAUGGACAGUAGAUUCCUAGAUUUACCUCUGUCCAUAGUAUAUUCACCUAACAAGCUCUCCUGUGUGGUGGGUGUCUCUCUGUGGAGAUACUGAGAGGGAUACACAAGGGGCCAGCCAACCUCUGGAAGGGCUCAUACUGAAAUUGGAAAAUGGAAAUCAUCAGCAAAGUCUAAGAUGCCGAGGUAACUUUACUAGCACUCUUGUGGGACCUGGGUUCAAUUCCUAACUCUAUGAUUUAUUACCUGCAGACCUUGGAUAAGUCACAUCUGGACCUCAGUUUCCUCAUUUUUAAAUUAGAGGAUUGCAGUAGAUGACCUUGAAGGUCCCUUGCAGCUCUAGUCCUUUGAUUUUGUGACUUGGGUUGUAAAUUACAAAUACCUAUCCGAGAAUUUGCUGCCAAUUGUUAUUGGAAUAUAGACAUCCAUGUAAGGGUGAAGAAAUUGCAACAGAAGCUCUGAAUCAGCUUGGUGAGUAAUUUACAAAGGACUGAUUGAUGGAUGAGUAACCCUUACAAGGGGAAGGAACAAAACACACACUGAAACACACAAUAGAUUUACCCCUAGGAGACAUAAUGCCCUUGAAUGACACAACUAUGGACAGAGAAGGGCUGGUGGUGGAAAGGGACUUCUCCUUCCGAAUCCUUACUGCCUGCUUCCUCUCACUGCUGAUCUUGUCUACACUUUUGGGAAACACAUUGGUAUGUGCAGCUGUCAUCAGGUUCCGACACCUAAGGUCCAAGGUGACCAAUUUCUUUGUCAUCUCCUUGGCUGUCUCUGACCUCUUAGUGGCUGUCUUGGUCAUGCCCUGGAAAGCUGUUUCAGAGAUUGUGGGUUUUUGGCCCUUUGGCUCUUUUUGCAAUAUCUGGGUGACAUUUGAUAUCAUGUGUUCCACAGCCUCCAUUCUAAACCUCUGUGUUAUCAGUGUUGAUAGAUACUGGGCUAUCUCCAGUCCCUUUCGCUAUGAGAGAAAGAUGACCCCCAAGGCAGCCUUCAUCCUGAUCAGUGUUGCUUGGACUUUGUCUGUAUUGAUUUCCUUCCUUCCAGUGCAGCUGAAUUGGCACAAGUCCAGAACCCUGAGCUCACCAGAUGGGAAUGUUAGUUCCCAAGGUGAGACAAUGGACAACUGUGACACUCGACUGAACAGGACAUAUGCCAUCUCUUCUUCUCUCAUUAGCUUUUAUAUUCCGGUGGCCAUCAUGAUAGUCACAUACACAAGGAUCUACAGAAUUGCACAGAAGCAAAUACGACGAAUCUCAGCUUUGGAGAGAGCAGCCGUCCAUGCCAAGAACUGCCAGAACACAACAGGAAAUGGGACUAAUGUGGAGUGUUCCCAAUCAGAAAGUUCCUUCAAGAUGUCCUUCAAGAGGGAAACCAAAGUUUUAAAGACUCUGUCUGUGAUCAUGGGAGUGUUUGUAUGCUGCUGGCUACCUUUUUUCUUAUUCAACUGCAUGGUCCCCUUCUGUGAAUCUGAUUUGCAUUCUGAGGAAACAAAGCCCUUCUGUAUUGAUUCUAUUACCUUUGAUGUUUUUGUUUGGUUUGGAUGGGCAAAUUCCUCGCUGAACCCCAUCAUUUAUGCCUUCAAUGCUGACUUCCGCAAGGCAUUUUCGACUCUCUUAGGAUGCUACAGGCUCUGUCCCACUGCUAAUAAUGCCAUAGAGACAGUUAGCAUCAACAAUAAUGGGGCUGUGUUUUCAAGCCAUCAUGAGCCCAGAGGGUCCAUUUCCAAGGAGUGUAAUCUGGUUUACCUGAUUCCACAAGCUGUUACCUCCCCACGAGACUCAAAGAAGGAAGAAGGUGGAGGAUCAAAACCGUUGGAGAAAACCUCUCCAGCUUUAUCUGUCAUUUUGGAUUAUGAAGUUGAUGUAUCUUUGGAAAAGAUUAGCCCCAUCACACAGAAUGGACAACACAAGACCUGAACCGUAAGACGAAUCCUGCAAAAUAUACCAUUCAAAAAUACAAACCUUACAAGAUUCCCUUUUGUUUGUUGUUGAGAAACUAAGCUAUGGUGAGGUUUCAUGCUCAUCACAAAAGAGCUGACUGCUGCUUCUACUCAGCAUACAACUUUGUUUUAAAACCCAGCCCAGUAUAUUUUUGAUUUGUAGGUAUUUCUGUGUUGUUCAUACUGAAUGAAACAGAGACCCAACUAAAAGGUAGAAGACAAGGAACACCUCAUCAGUUCUAUAAUUAUUUAUAGAAACUAGUUUCUAUCUUAGUGACUGAAAAUAGGACAAGAGAUCAAGAAUUAACAGUGAUACUUAAAAAAAAAAAUCACCACUCCCAGAAAGAAAGAAGAGCAUUGAGUUUGCCAUGUAUAAAUAGGUGCUAACAUGUUUCAAAUCAAGUUUUUAGAUUGUAAAGUUAGGUAAAUGCCUUUGUAAAUUAUUUCUGGA